CACACAUCACACACCGUAAUAGCAAUGUUGGCCUCUAAAACCCUUUCCCGUCAAUCUGUCAGGUUUGUCUUGGCUCGUUCCCAGUCCUCUGUCUCCAAGGUGGACCCAAAGAUCCUUGCUCAGCAGGCGCCAAACAGAACCGAAAUCUGGUCCGAGAGCCAAAGAGCCAGAACCGACGCCAUGACCGGUCCACGUUUCUCUGGUAAGGAUUUGGCCAAACAACCAAGACCGUAUGCUGCUAUUAACUUGAUUGCCAAGCAACCAAUUCGCUUCGUUGACAGCAACGUUGCCGUUUGCGACGGUAACAAGGGGCUUGAGGGCCACCCAAAGAUAUACAUCAACUUGGACCCACCAAGAGCUCACGCCUGUGGUUACUGUGGCUUGAAGUAUGCCAGAUCUGAGUUGAAGGCUGAAUUGGAAGGGCACACUCACUAGACGUUGCGUUCAAAAACGCGGGGAGAGGGGAAAACCUUCGUAACUGAUGAGAAGCUGGCUCGGUUCCACGCUUGGCUCGUCAGAUAGGGUAAUGACCAGGUAUGCUCUGUAACUUAUACACAUACACAAGCUCCCGGUCACAUUUCUACAAAAUACUUCAUUGCAACUAGUUAUACGUUUGCAUUGUCUAUCACGGCUCAUGGCAUAUUUUUUUUCUUUCUAUUUAUUAAUUCAUUUGUUCACUUUCUAUCGAAACUAUUUAUGUUACCUGUAUAGGUGAUUGAGCUGGCCGGGGUCAUUCUCGUAAACCUGUUGGAAAUUUCACUUCGGGUAGGAAGGAAAAUAUACCCUAGACAAGUGUAGAACAAGUGCCAACCGAGUAUGGACUGGGGAUAAACUAUCC